GCUGGUCAGCCCUGUACUGCAGCCCACACGGCAGGUCGCUGGACACAGGAUUUCCAGGAGCAGGCAGGGAAUCGGGCACCGUUAUCGGCCAGUUUAGCUGGGCAGCGGGCGGAGAGCACGUCAGGCUGGGGCAGCUGGACUGGGACGCACGUGACACGGCGACAGCGGGCACCAAGUCAUCUGGCACAACGACAGCAAGCACCGAGUCAUCUGGCACGACAGCAGGGCUCUGAGUCAUCUGGCAGGGACGAACCACGGGCACAAUGCUGGCAGACAGCGGGCAACCGAGGUCACCCAAGCUCGACAGCGGGCACCGAGUCAUCUGGCACGACAGCGGAGCUCCGAGGGCAGAAACCGAGUCACCGAGUCAUUUGGGCAAGACAGCGAGCUCCGAGUCAUCUGCAGCAGUCAUCUGGCCAAGCUCGACAACGAGUCAUCUGGCGACAGGCACCGAGUCAUCUGGCACGACAGCGGGCACCAAGU